CACUCGCAGCGGCCGCACCAGCAGCAGGAGCAGCUGAAUGUGCUGAGUGUGGAGAACCUGCCGCGACCGCUGGGCGGCAAGUUCGGUCACACCCCGCUCUUAAGCUACGCGGUGCGCUUCAACGCCGCCCAACAAGCCAUCUUCUCCCCGCCCGCACCCCGCCACCGCGACCCCGCCGGCGCCGCCCGCCUGGCAGCCUCCUACGCACAGCUCCACAGCCUGCUGCACUCGCCCGCUGCUGCUGCCUCCGCAUCCGCCGGCGGCAGCGGGGCCCCGGGAGGGGCGGCGGCGGCAGGCGGUGCUGCUGCGGCUAGGCCCAACAAGUUGGCGUGGUUUGCGGAUAGCUCUGCGGUGUUGGUGGCAAGUCGGGAUCGGGACAUGGAGGUGUACCUGGUGUGUGAUCCGCUGACGGAUAAGGCCACGGCGAGUGGGCUGCUGGAGGCGAUGCGGCGGCAUUUUAGCGACAGGG